AUGUCUUUGUAUUGUUCUGUGUGCUACCUGGACCCUUGGCCGUCAAACGACUAUCCACCACAGAAACAGCAGAAUUCCAGGGACACAGAAGGUACACAAGACGAUAAGAAAAAUAAUUAUCACGAACUGGCAACCCACGCCGCCUUUGCCGAUGACCACACCUCCCAGUCUGCUUGGCGUCAGAGUUGCAGCAGCUUCGGUGACGGGAAGGUGUUGCCCAAGAUGCUCCUCCUUCAUCUCAGCGUCUUGGCGUUGGUGGCGUCCGCUUCCACAACCGACUUGAGAACUCUUCAACUCCGGCAGUUCAACGCGAACCAGGAUGUCGCUUACAGGUCCAGCAACGCACAAGGCCAAGGCAGUGUGAAGAGUUUCGAAAACUGUGACGACGAUAUAGAAGACCUUCCAAAUGGCGCCAUUCUCUGCGCUUUCAGUGGCUGCCGAAUGACCUGCGACAGAGGCUACCAGGCUAAGAUGCGAGGCCGUAUCUACCUGCUCUGUGACCACAGCACAGGGAAACUGACGUAUAACGGCAAGCCUUGGCGGGAAUCCGUGCCCAGAUGUGUUCCCAAGUGCGGGAGGCAGGGCUGCUUGAAUGGGGGGUGUGUGGCGCCCAUGCAGUGCCAGUGCCAGACGGGAUUCACGGGAGCCAACUGCGAGGAGGAGGACCUGCUCAUGCUCCCCGGGGAGUGCGACCCCCCCUGCCAGAACGGAGGCGAGUGCAUCAUCGACGGCGUCUGCGACUGCCCCAAGUACUUCUUCGGCCUCCUCUGCGAGUUCCACAGCUGCGACCUCCCGCGCAAAGGCCUGUCCAACCACGAUCUGGCAGGAGAUCUCUCUCAGCUGAAGAUCAUGUGCAAAAAAGGCUACAAAAUUUGGUCCCGUAUCUCUCAGCUCCUCAUCGUAUGUCGAAAUGCCACCUGGGUCAUCCCUCGCUUUGGCCUCAUGAGUGAAAACGAUGUCAACUGCUACCCCGUGUGUGACCCUCCCUGUGCAGAAGGAAGUGUGUGCACGGAACCGGAUAUCUGCAAACCCAAGUUCUAGAAAAUCAAAGUAAAUCAAACAUGGCGGGAAGGUCCGUAGAGUUAUUGUAGACCCAGGAAGAAGUGAUCUCUCACUCCCAGAAGAAAAAGAGAUUCCUUGAAGAAAAAAACAAGGAAGCAGAUAAAAAAGGAAGACGAUGAAAUAAGAAGGUUGUGACAUAACGACAGGAAAUAUUAGAUGAUAAGACAAGCAAGUGAAUAAAACAGUAUUAUAUUAGUAAUUACUUUUUUACGUAUGGUCUUGUAGUGAAGUUCCAAGGAGUCACCAAUGACUGUUUCCGAGGAACAGCAAUAUCUA